AUGGGCUGUUGUUUGACGAAAGAGACUAAACAUGCAAAGUAUGCGAAUGCAGGUUGCGACGAACACCCUGUUCCCAUUCAAUAGGCUGAAGAAUCACAUUAUCAAGAAGUCUGUGCUGAUGUCAUACCUCCGAAAGAGUAGAAAACAGAAAAAUAAGAAUUAGAAAAACAGAUCACUUGGACUGAGGGCGAGAUGAUUGGACAAGGAGCAUUUGGUAGGGUUAUUUUAGGAAUGAACAGAGUUAGCGGACAGAUAAUGGCUGUGAAGUAAGUAUUUAUAAAGAGUGGAGAUGAGAAUGUAAAUUCUAAGUAUUGUCUUUUUAGAAAGUAUAAUCAAUCCAAAGAGAAAUUGAGAUUUUGAGUAAAUUGCAACAUCCUCACAUUGUGCGUUAUUAUGGUUCAGAGAGAAAAAAAGAUUAAUUAAAUAUUUUUUUAGAGUAUGUCAGUGGUGGCUCUGUUCUUAUGAUGAUCAAAAGAUUUGGAAAGUUUAAGGAAUCCUUGAUCAAGGUGUAUUUGAAAUAGAUUCUAUUGGGAUUACAGUAUCUGCACUCCUAAGGUGUCAUUCACAGAGACAUCAAAGGAGCCAACAUCUUAAUUAAUUAGAAUGGAUAAGUAAAAUUAGCAGGUAUUAAUUGAAAAACUAUAGUCACUUAGAUUUUGGAAGUGGCAAAUAAUUAUCCGAAAUUCAAUAAGAUAUUGUUGGUUCUUUGUGUGGUACUCCAAAUUUUAUGGCUCCAGAAGUCAUUAAUUAGCAACAAUAUGGAAAGUAGAUCAAAUUAUUAUAUAUUAAUAGGAAGGCUGACAUAUGGAGUCUCGGUUGCACCAUGAUUGAAAUGGCUACUGGACAGCCUCCUUUCUCUGAAGUUAAGAACAUUUACACUAUCAUGGUUAAAAUAAGCAAGUUAACAGAUAUGAUUCCGAUUCCAGAAGAAUUGAAAUCUGACCAAGCCAGGGACUUUUUGAAGAGAUGUCUCUAAUUGAACCCAGAAGAUCGAUGGGAAGCUGAGAAUCUGCUUUAACACCCCUUCUUGGUUUCCAAAGAACAAAGAUAUAGUGGCAUUAAUUCUGCCUAAGAAAAAAAGAACACUUUUAUCACUGAUGAUCAACUAUUUUAACUACAUUCAGAACUAAUACCAAAAUAGAAUUAAAAGUUAUAGUUUUCAUUUCAAUUGGAUGAGGAUUCACAAAUUCAGAAUGAUAAUCAAAAUGAAGAACAAGAGAUUCCUCAAUAUUAGGAACAGUAAGGCUAAGGAUCAUAACGAGAACAACCCAUCACCAAUAUUAUUAAAAUAACUAACAAUAAUAAUCUGCAAUCAGAGCCUGACUAAGAAGGUUACAAAGUAAUAAUUGAAUAGAAUUUUGAUGAUAGAAUAGACCUCUAGUAAUUCGAUUCUAAUUAAACUUGUUAGAAAGGCAAAAAACUAAUCAUGAAUCGUCAGUGUUCACUAAAUGAUGCAUUAGAUUAGGUUAUAAAUGAUGCGUAUCAACAGUAGUAAUCGAAAUCACUUAAUCCACUAAAAAACUGA